AUGCAGCCUGCCCGUGCUCUGCAAGGCAAGGAGGAAAACGAUCAACAGCAAUCAUUUUCCUCGCGGAGAAGACUCAUCUUCGCCACUGUCGGCGUGCCGGUCCUCAUCAUCACCAUUACACUGUUGCUAACAAGAAGGCCGCGCUUUCUGGACAGAUUGGGAGUCGUGCGCAGCCACGCCGACUGCACCAGCGACCCCUGUGGCGAGUACUCGCUUCGCCUGCAGCGGACCAUGAACAUUAGCAUUGACCCCUGCGCGGACUUCCACGGUUACGUGUGCGAUGGCUGGACGAAGCUGCACGCCGAUUCCGUCUUCUCGAUGACCUGCGCUCAAGUCAUCGACGACGUCGGGCGCCACUCGAGGACCAUGAGCGUGCCAUCGCGGAACCAGACGCCGGCUCAGAAAGCUGCGGGCUUCUACACUACCUGCUUGAGCGUCUACACCGAGAAUCGGAAUGAGGUGGACGAAAUGAAGAUGAUCCUGCACCAGGCUGGCAUCUACUGGCCACAUAUCAACUUGAGCAGCAUCGACGUUUUGAGGACCGUCGUCUACAUGGCCCACCGUUGGCACUGGGGAAACAUAUUCUCGGUCACCUGGAACGGAUCCUCGCUCCACCUUGGUGUGAGCGACGGCUUCGAACAGCUCGUCCAAAUGCGCUCUGAACUGGUUCGGACGAAGGCUUACCAGGUCUAUUUCCAAACCCUCUGGAAUGCUUAUGCCGAGGGUACGAACAAACCGGCUGUUACCUACCAGCAGCAAGUCAGCAUCGAGGAUGCCAUAUUACCAGCUCUGAUGAAAGUUUUGAAUAGUUCGGAUACUGAUCACGUGACAAUUCAUAUAAACGACCUCUACCACCUGGUUCCCACUAUUCCCCUAGAGACAUGGAAGAACAUAUUUAAAGAAGAGUUUUCUGUGAGCGAUUUCAAUUUCACUAUUUUGAUAACGCAAUCACAUUUCCUCGAGACGUUUUUUAGGCUCACGAAAUCUCUGAACGAAUCGAAUAUGCAUCUCUAUGUGGGAUGGUACGCAGUACAACUUUGUUCAGUGUACGUAAGCAGAGACUUGAUUAUCAACUACUACGGAACCGAGAAAAUAGCCAGCGAGGCUCAUUCUACCUUUUGCUUCAGUCUUGCCGAUAAAAUAAUGGGACUCGCCUUUUUCGCAAAUUAUUUGGAUUUGCUGUUCGAUCAAGCAACGAGAAAUGAGGUUUCUCGCCUCGCAGAAACCAUCGAACAGGCCUUUGACAAUAUUAUGAACGCACAACAGCGGAGCAAGCGCGCUAAUCCAAUGAACAGAAUGACACCAUCCGCCUGGAAGCACAUCUUCGGUUAUCUGAAUACAGUCGAAGUAAACCAGCAGACAAACAUGGUAUCAAGAUAUCCAGACAUGGGCCCUAGUUUAACAGGGAACUUGAAGCGAAUCCAAGACCAGACCGAAACAUCGCCCAAAACGUCUAGGGACAUGUAUCAGCUCACCAAGGGAAUCGCCAAGCCGCUCGAGGUGUUCAAGGACUUGCAGAUGUUCUACCUUUCACCGUGCGCGCUCCAUAUGCCAAUUUUUGACCAUGUCAUGCCACUAUCUAUGAAGUACGGAGGUCUCGGCUCGAUGCUGGCUUCUGCGUUUUCGGAAAUCUUCUUUUCCGGACACAACAGAGUUCAAGAGGUGACGAGGACAGGAGCCGCCCGAGUUCUGCGCUCCGCGGAGCGGACGGACAGUGGUCCCCAAGCAGCGUCUGCAAACAGUGACGUGGCUGAGCGCGUGUCCAUGGACGCCUUGUGGGCAGCCUUCGAGCACACCAACAACACCGACGGGCUGGUGGUCUCCGAACGACGGUUCUCAGCUCCCCAACUGUUUUACGUGAUGUUUUGCUUCGUCCGGUGUGGCGAAGCGCCAAAUAAGGCGCGGUGUAACGCACUUCGAAAGCAAUUUGGACACUUCUCUCUUGCGUUUGGAUGCGAAGCACCUUAG